UACGAUGGGGGAGCCAAGCCCGACAGCCGGUGAGGAUGUUGGGGACAAGUUUUUACCAGAUGUGCCCAUAGGUCCUGGCGGGAGAGAUCCCAGAAUUAUGCUACCCCUAAUCCUAAACUUCCUACUCGACGAAGACGUUUACAAACAUCCGCAAUGGGAUCGUCGGUUUGCGGAGGUUAUCAAAUAUCUCGAUGAAGCUGAUGAAGGCCGUCAUCUAGGCGAUCUCGGCUACGAUGACUCCUACACGCGCGCCAUGUUGGACGAUGCGCUCAUCAUAGUCGAGGUACAUAAGAGGUAUCAGAAGUGGAAAUCCGGUCCAACUCGCUGGACGUCAGAAAUCAUACCUGGCCAGCGUACUACUGAACGUCUUCCGAAUUUUCCUGGUCAAUCUCUUAUUCAGCCCGCCCUCGAGAGAAUGCGAAACAAAUACAAGCGUUACGAUGAAUUGCGCGAAAUUCAAACCGACGGUAUAUUCCCUGAGUUGUCUGCGAGGGGAGUUAAAGCGGUUGAGUACUAUCAGAGUGCCGAGGAGCUUUACUUUGAAAACUGUCUUAAACCUGCCACCUACGACCCGCGCAUUUUCAACGGGUUUAGAUAUGAAAAUGAGAUGUUUGAACAGUGCAUUACGAAUGGGGUUGAGGAAACUUGUAGGUUAAUACCACCUCGACCUGCCGAUCAGAUUCCUACCAUAUUUGAUGAGGAUCAGGAGAGCGAUGGGCUCACCGAGGCUGAAAAGCUGCAAAAUCUGAGAGAAUUCUACGACGCGCGAGGUUGGCAGCGGGCUGCGCUUCAGCAAUGCUUAAACAUGUUCACCAACUACGAGAAUAGAAUUCUCAAUACCCCAUGGCGCCGAGUAGUUUUACCCUACGAACAGCCUAACCCGGUUUUGGAGGACAUCGUUUACCAGCCCCGGGCACUUCCCCCAGAGAAGGUCCACAAGAGUCUUAAGGAACCGUAUCCUUGGGUAUAUUGGUAUAACCAACAUCAGGAGCUUAUCCAGGUCCUAGCCGGCUGGCAGCGCCGCCGUUAUAACCUAGAAAACUGGCAGGAUUUCCAAAGAGCUGCCCUACCCGCCAACUUCCAAGGCCCUUAUGUCAAUAGAAGCCUUUCGGUAUAUAAUGAUCACUGGCUUAGAAUGGGCGCAUAUCUAAGACGGCUACGUAGACAUCUACAGGACACAUUCGGCAUAGCUCCACGGCCUUUCUUGCUGGCUAUUCUGAGGGAUAUCCAAGCUGGGAUAGAAUGGCGCCCUAACCCGACGAGCAAUGCCACUGUAUGGAGUCCCGACGAGGCGGAAACCCGUAGACAAGCCCGUCCAGAUAUUAUGAGAAGGGAAAAGAUCGAUUGGGUCAAUUUAGAGUCGUCUCUAAACUUACCUCCGACUAUCCUGCUGCUUGACGAAUCCGACGCGGCCUGGUUGAGAUAUCUCUGCCAGCCCUCCCGCACCGAGGCAAUGUGCAACCCCAAGCUACAACCGGAGGAUAAUCUUACUAUCCUUUUCGACCAGCGGCUCCAGGAUUUCCUCAACAACCCGGGCGCAUCUAAUGGCCCGGGGAUAGCUGGGAUAGAUAUCUUUGAACCGGAUGUUAAGAAGUGGAAAGAGAGGCAGUAUAAGACUAGACCAACCCUGGAUGAGGCACUUGCAUAUAUUAAUGGUGGCGGUAAAGAUGCUGGGGAGUCUCAUGCAAACGAGACCUACCAAUUUACGCGCGGGGAAGCCAUGGACCAGUUGGAAAUACUUCGUAACCUAGGUCGAGUCCAGUAUUCACAGAAGAAGGACCUAAGUAAGCCCCAGGAAGAGUGGGAUACGUUUAUCAUACGACCGAAAUACGUAAUACAUCCCGAGAAUCGUGUCUACUGGCGUCAUAAAGACCAGAGCUCGUUCACCUCCAACCAGACUUUGUAUCGAAAAGCAAUUGUCGAGCAUUUAGAAAAUAAAUAUGGAUUGAGUGGACCAAAAACUCCUAUUGCGAGGGAUGAGUUUCAACACAUCCUUGAUCAUCUUGGAGAGAACAAGUUGCCCGACAAGUUAGCAGCAAGUACAGGCGAUCGUCCUAAAGGCGCCAAUGAGGACAAGGACGAGGACGAGGACUACGAAGAUGAAGAUGAAGACGAUGAGUUAGAGGGUAAAAUUAGUAGUCACGACAUAUUGGAGAAACGGAUCCAACCCGAGAUUGGUUGGGUUCGGGGCUCAUACCCUGAGGGAGGACUAGAAAACACACGCAACGCGCCUAGUUGGUCUGACCUAGUUCCUUGGGAGAUAAUAGGAAAGAUGUCAGCUGCGAGAAUCAGCGACGAUAUGCGUAAGCAAAUCCGCGAGGAAGCCAAAAGACACCGUCGUCUUCCGGCUCCGGAAAGGACUGUCCAGUUCUUUCGAAACCUUGCCUAUCGAAUGGGACGUACGAUAGCGCACGUCGAGGAAAUUGAACGCAGACUCCAGUACUCGGCGUACGAUAGGGAGACCGGAACCCAAAAGAUGCACCAGUGGAAAGCAAUUUCUACGGAGGCCUUCAAACAGGCUUACGAGCACUGGCACCUUUCUAUUGAGAACGGCGUGGGACCAAUAGAGUUCCUACCGCCGACUAUAGAGGAUAUUGUCUAUAAAGUAGACCCCGACGGGCUUAUGCGGCGUGAGUUCAAAGAUCACUACGCGGCAGACAUCAUUCGAGAAGGCAUCAUUAAAAACUGUGUCGAGAAUCGCAACACAAUGUACCCCGGCCGUAUUGAGGCUUUUGAGGAUUCGUCAGGUUAUUACAUUAAUGACGGCAAAUUCAAACAGAACAAAAUACUCAGUGGUUACAAACGGCCAAGUCUAUUUAAAUGGGUUACGGAAGCACAUAGGCGGUAUCAAGCCCCCUAUACUCGCGGGGUCUUCUUCCACAUGAUGCGCUGGCCAGUAUACCACCAGGAUAGGCGCCUACAAGAAAUCAUCAAGGAACGACGAGAUGAAAUGUCAAGAGUAGAGCCACGCCUUCCAAAUCAGGCCUAUGGCAUACUAAUGCCUAGGUUCCCCGAAAGACAAGUAAACCGACGAGCAGAGGGUUCGACAUGGUAUCCUUGGCCAGACAAUUGUUGGAUUCACGAUCCUCCAACAAAGCCAACGACUUCGGAAAAUGGUACAAAGCCUAAUGCGGAAACAAAGAACCCGGAACGGACAGAGGUCCCAGAACAGACAAAGGACUCUGAUCACACAAAGCAUUCCUCGAAUACAAAGCCCUCGGUCAAGACAUCUACUCAAAUUGCCCCUCAAGAGGACCCCCAAGAAGUUCCUCAAGCCAUCCCUCAAGUGAACAAACAAGACCCGCCACAAGUGGCCCCCGAAUAUAUUCCUCAACCACCUGUUCAAGAGAUCCCUCAAGAGAUUCCUCAAGAGAUUCCUCAAGAGACACCUCAAGAGACACCCCAAGAAACCCCAGCACCUAUACCAACUGAACAACCACAACCUACUACUCAUACAGACGACGAAGGUAACAUGGCGGUGGUAAAACAAACAGUCAAAACGCCGAAGGUCAAGACGCCUCGGCAGAAGUUGAUACCAAUUACCAAGCCGAGGGAACGCUUCAUGCCAGGUCCCGCUGUCUUUCCCAUGGCCGAGACCCUUCUACAAUCUGUCGUCCUCAGCCGUAAACUUGAAGGCGUGCUUUACCCCGAGCCUCGACUUAACUUCUGGGGGAAGAUACGCAAGGCCUACAAGGCCAUGACAGAUGUCGAAGCGCCUCGGGUUCCCUUGCUGCCACCAACCAGCGAUUCGGAUAUCCCUCGCAGCUCCUCUAGGAAGCGCAAGAUCCCGGCUGACUUCAUCCUCCCGCCUAGCAUCAAGAAGGUGGUCACUGGAGGCGAUGUCCCGACCCCGAAGCCUGUCCCGACCCCGAAGCCUGUUCCGACCCCGAGGCCUGUCCCGCCUACGCCUGGAUUCCAGACGAAUGUUAACCCCAGGCCUAAGCCUGCCCCUCGGCCUCAGCCAGUACCCGAGCCUCAGCCUACCCCUCAGCCGGCCCCCCCGGAGCCCACUCCACAACCACCAAAAUUUAAGCCGGCACCUCCUGUUAACCCUUACCCCGUACCUGAACCUCCAGUCUGGCCUCAGCCCAAGCCCCAGCCCCAGGCUGAACCUCAGCCUCAACCCCAGCCCGGCCCUCAGGCCCAGCCCGUACCCCCAGUUCAACCACGGCCCGCGCCCCCGGUUCAACCUAGGCCUCAACCUCAUCCCGCACCCCCGGCUGACCCAGUUCAGCCUCGGCCUGCACCCCAACCUCAGCCUGCACCCCAGGCUGAGCCCACGCCUCGACCUCAGCCCGUGCCCGUGCCCGCGCCCUCACCUUGGCCUCAGCCAGGGCCUCAAUACACGCCCGUGCCCGCGCCUCAGCCAGGGCCUCAAUACCCGCCCGCACCCGCACCCGCGCCUCAGCCUACACCCCAGGCUGAGCCCACGCCCCGACCUCAGCCCGUGCCCGUGCCCGCGCCCUCACCUUGGCCUCAGCCAGGGCCUCAAUACACGCCCGCACCCGCGCCUCAGCCAGGGCCUCAAUACCCGCCCGCACCCGCACCCGCGCCUCAGCCUACACCCCAGGCUGAGCCCACGCCCCGACCUCAGCCCGUGCCCGUGCCCGCGCCCCAACCUUGGCCUCAACCACCAGUCAAGCCCCAUUCGUUGUUCGGCCAAAAACCGGACCCAAGGCCACAGCCACCAGUAGGUCCGGGUAAUGGGCAGGGUUUGUUUGGUCAAAACCCCCCGACUCCCAGCCAGGCCACCCAGACGUACCGCGAAUGGCUCAAGCAGCAGCAAACCACCAAACCAGUGAAUCCCACACCGGACACUCCCUCUCGCUGGAAGUACUCCCCCCUCCCUAGCUUGGAGGAGCAUAUGAAAGCCGAAGAGCUGGAGAAGACCGGCCGCGUCGUAGAGCCGCCGCGCCCGCCCCAGCCCACACCCAAGACAGGCGCAGAGAACCCGCACGUGGACCAACAGGCCUUGGAGCAAGCAUUCCCGCACGGCUGGGCUAAUCUAGGCAAUUGCUUCGGCCUCGACGGCGCCCUGCAAGCCAUCUCCUACAGCAUGCGUCUGCAGGACCCCCAGUCCCUCUGGCUGCCCGCGACCUCGGCCCUGCGCGCCGCGUACGACAACCCAGACUGCUUCGUCGGCACGGACCGGGCCGUCGAGGACCACAACCACUACGGCGUCACCCUGCUCCAGGCCGAGGCCGCCCUGCAGCACUACGUCCGCGAAGACGGGCCCAACCCCCACCACGUCCAGCUGUGCUGCAUCAUCCGCCUGCCUCCCGGCCGCGAGUACUACACGCACAUGAUCCCCGCGCCCAAGUUCACCGGCUCCGCGAAGCCGCGCCAGGUCUGGAUCUACUGCACCGGCGCCAACGAGUUCGCGCCCGUGUUCCCCGUUCCGCCGCCUUCGUAG